UAUGCUAUGCCGACAUGCACACUCUCUCUCAGACAGCCACGUGUUCUUCACCGGUUCCCUCCGCUCCAGACCUCCUCCUCCGCCCACCUGUCCAUUUCAUUUAGACAACCCCCACAAAACUCGGUCUCCACUAUAUAAUCCGCACCUUAAUUUCCUCCAAGACAUAAACACAAACAGACUCAUUUGCCUUUCUUUCUCAGUUCUCUUCUCUGGUUUCACAUGGAUUCCCAAAACCUCAAGCAGCGUAGGGUUGCCGAAGACCCUAACACCACCACGAGCACCGCAGCCACAAUGAACAAGAACAACUACCCAAGCAAACGCGACAUGAGAAUGAAAAUGGCCAAACGCGGCCUAAGGUCACUAGCCGUGGCGGUUUCGCUCCCGGUGGCUCUUCACCUCAUCACUAUUUACUUGGGAUCGACCGACAGCUACCGCACCACCUCCAAGCCCUUCUGGUUCCCGCCUCUGUGGGGCUUUCGUCUGACUUGCUUGGCUUCGAGUUUCUUGAUGGGUCUCUCGGCUUGGCUUGUGUGGGCGGAAGGUGGGUUUCACAAGAAUCCUGUGGCCUUUCCAGUUUAUUUGUCCCAGCUAGUCUUGAGUUUGGCAUGGGAUCCGAUCGUGUUUGGGGCCGGAGCUCCAUGGGUCGGGCUCGUUGUGUGCAUGGGGAUGUUCGGGGCUCUGGUUGGGUGUUCGAAGGUGUUUCAGGACGUGAAUCCGACUGCCUGUGAUCUCAUGAAGCCUUGUUUGGCUUGGGUUGCUUUUUUGGCCGUUGUAAAUCUUAAGCUUGUAUAUCUCUGAAAUUUCUUGUGCAUAAUGUCGAAGCUAGCAUUUUGUAACGUUAGUGUUUCAUAACCAUCUAUAUGUAAUCUACUUUUGCAGAGUGUUUGUGUAUGCAUUGGAAGAGUGUUUGUGUAUUAAUCACAUGCUUCAUGUU